GUAGUUUCAGCCAGGCCGGGGUACGUGACCCGUCGCGCGCCUUUAUUAUGACAUUUUGGCGCCGGUAGCCGAAUGGUGGUCUUGGUCGCAGAGCCGAGCCACACUGUGGACCCCACAGGUGCUGGCAUCCAGCUUAAUGCUCCUCUCAGUUGCCCACCAUGGUCUGGGGACUGCCGAGUGCCGCCAGCCUGACACGCUUCUGCCAGAAGCUGAACCGGCAGAAGCCACUGGAGGAAUCCCCCAGGGAGAUGUCACCGCAGCGCCAUCUGACCACGCUGGACCUGACCCUGCGGGCUGUGGGUGGCACGGUAGGCUUGGGCCUCUACGUGCUCACGGGCACUGUGGCCAAGGGGAUGGCUGGCCCUGCAGUGGUCGUGUCCUUCAGCAUAGCUGCCAUGGCCUCCCUGGUGGGAGCCCUAUGCUACGUGGAGUUGGCAGCGCAUGUGCCCCACACGGGCUCUCCCUACCUGUUCACUUAUGUGUCCAUGGGUGAACUGUGGGCCUUUCUCAUUGGCUGGAACACGCUCCUUGGGCACCUCAUUACUGGUGCUGCUUUGGCCCGGGUCUGGAGCAGCUACGUGGAUGUCAUCUUCAGCCACCGUAUCCACAGCUUCAUUGAGGACCAUGUGGGCAUCUGGCAGGUGCCUUUCCUGGCCCAGAACCCAGACUUCCUGGCUGCUGGCAUUAUACUUUCAGUCUCCACAUUUGUCUCCUGCAAAGCUCGUGUUUCUUCCUGGCUCAACCGCACCUUCUCUGCCAUCAGCCUGGCUGUCAUCAUCUUCAUCAUCAUUCUGGGGUUUUUCCUGGCCCGCCCACACAACUGGAGCGCUGAAGAGGGUGGCUUUGCACCCUUUGGCUUCUCUGGCAUCAUGGCUGGCACCACUACCUGCUUCUAUGCCUUCGUGGGCUUUGGUGCCAUUGCUGCCUCCAGUGAGGAGGCCCAGAAUGCAAAGCGAACAGUGCCUAUGGCCAUCACCAUCUCAGUUGGUCUGGUAGCUGGUGCCAACAUCCUCGUCUCCACUGUGCUCACCCUCAUGGUGCCCUGGCACAGCCUGCACCCUUACUGGGCACUCGCUGAUGCCUUUCACCAGCGGGGCUAUAGCUGGGCAGCCUUCAUCGUGGCAGUGGGUGCAAUCUGCGCCAUGAACACUGCCAUACUCAACAUCAUUCUCUUCCUGCCUCGCAUCACCUAUGCCAUGGCCAGAGACGGGCUCUUCUUCCAGGUGUUUGCCCAUGUGCACCCCCGGAACCAAGUGCCUAUGGUGGCCAUCAUGGUGCUCGGGGUUCUCAUGGCUUUCCUGGCACUGCUGCUGGACCACGAGGCACUGGUCCAGUUCCUGUGCCUCAGCGCAAUGAUCACCCGCACUGUCGUGACUACGAGCAUUAUCAUUCUACGCUUCCGAAAGGCCCCUCCAGCCAGCUCUCAGGGCCCAGGCAGCCCUGUGGGCACCGAGCAGGCCUCAGCUCCUCAGCCCGGGCAGCUGCGACCAGCCCUGAGGCCCUACCUCUGCUUCCUGGGUGGGUGCAGGCCUGGAGCCGCUGUGACUUGGGCACUCGGUGUCCUGGUGGCCUCAGCCAUCACCCUGGACUGCGUGCUGGUCUUUGGGGACUCGGCCCUGAACCUCCCAACCUGGGGCUACACCCUGCUGCUCCUGCUCAGCUCCGCCACGUUUCUGCUCAGUCUCCUCGUCCUGGGGGCUCACCAGCAACAGCGCCGGCAGGACACCUUUCAGGUUCCCAUGGUGCCCCUGACUCCCGCCCUGAGCAUCCUCCUCAACAUCUUCCUCAUGCUGCAGCUGAGCUAUGUGACCUGGCUGAGCUUCUCCAUCUGGCUGCUGAUUGGACUCGCAGUGUAUUUUGGCUACGGCAUCUGGCACAGCAAGGAGAACCAGCGGGAGCAGCUGGUGUUGACUGCCCCACAUGGCAGCCUGGAGGAGAUGGUGCCGGCCCUGCAGCCCCCUAGCCAGACACCAGCCCAGGAGUACAGUUACACAGAGCAACCCACCAGUGCAUGAGGACCGCUGAGGGCCCAUCUGCCCACCCUCCCCUACCUCCUCAGGAGGCCUGAGGGGCUGGCAGCCCGUCUAUCUGGGGCAGCUCGGGUUUGCAGACCUGCCCAUGCCAGGUGGUCCUCAGGACCUCAGGACCUUAGCCCAGGUGCCAAGCUUCGGGUCUUUGGGAGUGGGCUGUGGCCAGUGCUGGAGUGGUGGACUCUGCCCAGGACCUUCCAAUUUAUGACCAAGUCCAGCUACCUGGGCAGGUGGAUCAGGGCAGGCAGGGAAGAGCCUUAGUCCCAGGGACCCACAAUAGUAACUGCUCGGCUUGCAGUGUGGCCUGUUGCCAUGUCCACUGUGGUGUUCUGGUUCUUCACUUGCCCCUGAGAACCACAAGGUUGUCCCAAAUCCACAGCAAACUUGCUGAGAUUCUAGAGUAGGGAGGCCCCAGCCCUGGGACAGCACUGAGUCACGGACAUGGCCAGGCCUUGGUCCUGGGAUUCUGUCCUCAGGACAGUGCCCUCUGCCCAGCUCAGAGAGGAGCUGCAUACCAGGCACAGAGGGGUCCCUGACAGGGUGGGGCCAGGCCCCUCCCAGGCUCCCUAUAUGUCCUCUCGGGGGCACAUCCAGAGAGCAGAGCCUGGACCCCAAGGAGGCCGCCUAGAAAGGGCAGUGGAGUCCCGGGGUCUCCUUGGUUUCCCAGGGCUCCCAGAGAGCAGGGCAUGUCCUGAGGCCUGCCCUGGAUGGAGAGGCCCCUCUGCCCGGGCACACGCAUCUCUCAGGCACAGGCACACAUGGCCCACAUGGCCCACAUGGUCCCCUGGGCAUGCACCCAUGUGCAGACUGAGGCAGCAGCUGUUUCCCAGCCCAGGGCUGCCCGCAGCUUCCAGCAGCCUCUCUCCCUGCCACCCCCUCAGGGCUUUGUGAAAAAGGCUCAGGAUGGGACACACGCCGGCAGGUGGGUGCACGAGCACCUGGGCCUGUUCCAGGGACCUUCAGCCCACCUGUAGUAGUAGUGGGGCCCCAUGCUUGAGGGUCUCCAGGCCCAUGCUGCACCCCCUGUGGCCUCCCCAAGGCCAUGCUCUGUCUACCAUAGACACCUCCUCCUCCCCAUUCCUGCCUGUGAGGACCACACAGGAAGCUGCGGCUUUGGCAGCUUUACUCCUCCACUAUCUGCAGGUUCGACAUCACUUUCUUUGUGCCCCAAGGACAACCAGGGACACAUGACCCCCCUCCAAUAACCAGGCCUCAGGACCGUGACCUCUCACCCCAGCCCUUCUGAACCCCGCCUCUCACGGACACUGCCCUGGGGGUGAGAGACAGCAGGGACCUCAAGGCUUUGCUGAGGCUCCAGGUGCCAGAUGAUUCCAGAUACUGCCCAGCCUGAGCCCCAGGCCUCCCCUCCCCAGCCUGGCCCAUGUCACUCCACCAACAAGCUGCCAACACGGCCCUGCUCACCAGGGACUCAUGAGGAGGCAGCCCCUUGUCUCCCUGGGAUGCGUACCCCAAACUCUGCCCCUCCCUGGGACCCAGAGAGGGCUUGGCUCCUGCAGCCUCGUCCUUCCCCUCCUGACCGUGGGCUAGGGACAUGGGGAAAUUCUCCAGCAGGCAGGACUCAGGCCCCCAGGAGGAUUCCAGAGCCAGAACCAGGCCAGCCUGCUGGGGCUCCAUGUCCUCUGUUAGGGACAUUCUCUCCAGCCCCUGGGCUCUACGUGGGGUCUUGGUCAGAGCAUGGUCCUCGUGCAGUUGCCUCAGGCUGGGGUGGGCAGCUGCACAGACACGUUCUCAGUGUGACCUUGGGCAGCAGUGACAUGUGUCCAAAUAUACAGCCCCCACCCCAUGGCUCCCAGGAGCCUGGUAAGCAGGUUCCAGGGCAUUGGGCUGGUGUCACCAAGGAGACAUAUAGAAGGUCCCAAAGGACCCCAUGCCCACCAACUCAGCCCCUCCCCUUCCCCCCAUCUCAGCCCUCCACAGCCAGAGGGCUGCCAUCAGGAAGGGGCUGGUGCUCAUCAGCUGAGCAGAGGUGCCUGUGCCCUUGCCUGGGGUCCUAGGGGGUUGGAGCAUCUGCCCACUACACUCCUCACUCCAUGGAUGAGGCCCAGAGUUGGGAGGGGCCCUGCCCUUGGAACCCAGCACAGAGCAGCUGCCACACUCCUCCUGUCAGGCUGCCUUCUCCCUGGCCUUGGACUCUGGCUGCACAGACCCCAGUGCAGCGCAGCUGAGAGGGCAGGGGCUCUCCCUGUGAGGGGGGUGCCGGCAAGGGGGAGGAGGGCUGGGAGCCAGGCAGGGCCGGAAGCGACCACUGCCAGUGUGGUGGACAGCUGGUGAGUGGGGAGCUGCUGGGAACACUGGAGACGGAGCCUGGGAGAGCAUCUUCAGCCCCAGCCCCAGCCGGAGCCCCACUGGGCCAGCGCCCUGCGUCUGUUCCCUGCAGUCUCUACACAAAACUGGCUUCUGUGGUCCCCAGGCAGCACCUGCCGAGGCUGGAGUGGGGGAGGGACAGUCUGUCUGGGAGCUGAAGGGUGGAAUUCUCCCCCAACCCCUGCCUUGAUCCUUCUAGGGCUUCGUCCAUGAGUCCACAAGGCGGGGCCCUGACCCUUCCCACCCCCCAACCCCUAACCAGCAGAGGAGGGUACAGGCCUCAGGAACGGGCCAGCGAGUGGGUGCCAGGCCCACCCUGGUGACAGUGUCCAGCUCCCAGCAGCAGCAGUGGGGGCAGGUACUGGGCCCCCUCUAAGGCACCUGGGUAGCCAGAUGUGGGAGUUUGGAAGCUGCCUGUCUGCUCAGGGCUGACAGUCCUCUUUGGUACCUUUGCCUGCAAUGAGGACCGAGGUCGGGGCUCCAGCCACCAUCCUCUAAAGUGUAGCCCAGGGUCACAGAGGGCAAGCAAGCUGGGACACCUGCCUCUCAGAAGCUCCCUGCCUGCUGAGGGGAUGGGGACAGAAGGGUCACUAAACAGACACCGGCAGUGGGGGUGGGGAAGGCGGGGCAGGCCCAGGGCUGCGGGGGUCCAGAGAGGGGCACUCACUCUCCCCUGGGAGCCAGGGAAGACUUCCUGCCAGGAGCCCCUCAGGCUGGAUUCCCAGGGCUCAGGAAGGAGCUCUAGGCAGUGAGAAGUGCGAAGAGAGCGCAGAGGGGAGGGGAGCAGGGCGUGGGCAGGUCCAGCCCCACAUGGUUGCACAGGGCUGGGGCGCCAGCAAAGCCAGGCCAGGAGGGCCCAGCGGGCAGUGUCACAGGUGUCACCUCUAGGCCUGGUGGCUGUGUGCACGUCUGCAUGAGGGUGACAAGGUGACAUGAGGGGGCAGAGGGAUGGGACAGGUCUGCUUAGGAGCCUCAAAGACAUGACAAUACAUGCAACGCAAGAGCCUUGAGUGCAUCCUGGAUCAGAAAAUAAAAAGAGUUUGAACUAUUAUUGCCACAGCUGGAGAAACGUAAAUAUUAGAUUUAUCUGCCAAUGUUACAUUUCCUGAGUGAGACAAGAGGACAGUGGUCACCUGGGGAAGGUCCUCAUUCUCAGGGCAGCAUUGAGAGGGGUGAGUGUCCGGAUAUCUGCCACUUACUUUCCAACGGUUUCCUGUGAAAUCCAUCUAAAUAUAUCCAGCCCCUCUCUAGAGAGGGAGAGAGAAAGGAAAUGGGGAAAAAUGGUAAAAAAAAAAACAAAACACCUGGUGAACACAGAUGAAGGCUAUAUGAGUUUUCAUGGUACUAAUCUUUGAAGUUUUCUGGGGAUUCUUGUAAUU